AUGAGAUCAUGUUACGCGCUGUAUCAGACUAAAAUUCUAGGAAAGUGGUAUAGCUGCAAUCGGAUAAUACUCGGCAUGAACUUCCUCUGCAUUUGGUUGUUACCCAUACUGUCGGCACUACUGUGUAUAGGUGGUACCAUAAGCGGCCAUUUCACUAAAUUCUCUGACUACUUCAACUCAUCAAUCGCUGUUCCGUAUAUUGGUAAUUUCACAGAAUCUUACCCGGCAAGUGCGCUAUUCGCACAACUUCUCAACAUGUCCGCCUUUUUCUAUAUCCUUACAUUCUGUGCGGUCCAUCUACAAGUAGUCGAAUUCUAUGGUCACAGCCUACAUUGGAGAAAGGGGUGGUGGUACAUAACGUCAUUACUGAUACUGAUUGCUGGACUUGCCGGCGCAUUCGGCUUGACACUGGCUGCUAAUUUUUGUUAUUCAGAAGGAGAUGGGAAUGUUCACCUCGUAGGAACUGCUUUGGCAUUUGUUGGAAUGCUGCUUUACGGAUGGGGGCAUGUGAUUGCCAGUUAUGCACGGGUUCCUCGACUUGUUCAUGUAGCAGUGUGUCAUUUCCGAAGCUUGCUGAUGCUUAUCAUCACUGCCGCGUUCGCAUUCAAUAUCAUUGUUCAUUAUAAAAACGACAAGAAGCAGGACGAAACGACUGAAAAAAUUGCAGCAAUCAGUGAAUGGGGAGUAAUGCUCGUAAUGCAAAUUUUUGUAAUAACGCUUGUGUCCGAAUUAAGGUUGUGCACAGCUAAAUGGCUGUGGUUUCAACCCCCGUCGUUGUAUUCUGUCAAUUUUUUUUGCUACCUGAAGUAUGUUACCUGCAGUGUGUUUUUUCUCUGA